CCCACGCUAAACCUCGCUCUCUCAGUGUGAGCAAAACGAGCGAAAUAAAAUAGAAAUGGCUCCCUCGUACUGCGUGAAGGAGAGCAAACCCUGCGUCGGUUGGGUUCAGCGUUACUUGGAUGAUUGUCUCUGCGAUCUUAAAGAUGAAAUCUCCUUUUCCUUGGGCUUCAUCAGUCUCAUAUGCUGGGGAGUAGCAGAAAUUCCUCAGAUUAUCACCAACUUUCGAGCUAAGUCUAGCCAUGGUGUCUCCCUAGCCUUUCUCCUCACUUGGGUCGCUGGCGACAUGUUCAAUCUCGUUGGUUGUGUUCUGGAGCCUGCCACGUUGCCUACUCAGUACUACACAGCUCUGCUUUACACAAUCACUACGAUCGUGCUAGUACUUCAAAGCCUCUAUUAUGACUACAUCUAUAAAUGGAACAAGCGUCGUCGAAAUAUCAACAUCGACGAGGCCCAGGAAGAAGAGAAAAAACCUUUGAGACCCAAACCAGGGCCACAGUCAGGGAUUGCAAUACCAAAUGACGAACCCAAAUCAACGCCCCGACGGGAAUACUACUAUAGGUCAGCCAGAUCUCUGGCCGGUAAUGAUACUCCACCAUUUGGUACCUACUUGAGAGCUGCUAAAAGUGUCCCUUCAGCCAUGGAAAUGAACAAUGAUUCAUCCUCUGAUGAUGAGUCACCUCCGCUUUCUUCCACCAAGCCUGUAACACAGCCUAGACCCAUCCCUCGAUCUGUCCCUGCAAGCUAUGGAACAUUUCUAGCAGCAUCUAUGAACUUGCCCCGGCAGGGUAAUGCUUUGAAGGAGGGAUACAUAAGAUUCAACGGAAGAAAGCUACUCUUGCAGAACUCAUCACAGGAGCAAAACGUGCACAGUGCCUUGGGUCAAUGGUUAGGAUGGUUUAUGGCUGUGAUCUAUAUGGGUGGCAGGCUCCCUCAAAUAUGGUUGAAUAUUAAACGAGGGAGUGUGGAGGGCUUAAAUCCUCUGAUGUUUCUCUUUGCAUUGAUCGCCAAUGCCACUUACGUUGGAAGUAUUCUUGUAAGAACUACCGAAUGGGAAAGCAUCAGAGCUAAUAUGCCAUGGCUGUUGGAUGCCAUAGAACAUACUCAUCAAACACAUUCUUACAGGGCUACAAAGUUGUUAAACCUUAACAAUGGUAGAUAAUUUUGCAGUACGCCAACUAUAGAUACAUUCGGAAGAAAGCAAGAAGUGAUGAUUCUGAUUACGGGAACUACGAGGAAGACAACAAAAGAUUCGUGUCUUGAUACGCCGAACUGUAACAACAUGUUAAUCUUUCCAAAACUGAAACCAUCGUAUAACACUUCUAUUCCACCAUAACAUUUAGCUAUUAGUAAAGGCGUGGUUAGAAUAUUGAAGUGGCCUCAUUAGGAAACGUGUCUAUUUUCACGUUAAUGUGAUAUAGGAAGCUGUCAAAGUUAUCAAUAUGUCUAUGAAUUAUGAAUCGUUCACGAUUCUUACACCA